AUGGCGUAUGAGAUUGCCCGGAUGGGGAAGUCCACUACUUUGGAGAGCUUGGUAAGAUUUUGUGAUGCAAUCGAAACUCUGUACACCAGGGACUACUUGCGUAGACCUACGCCUAGGGACCUCCAACGGCUUCUACAAAAAGCCGAAGCUCGAGGAUUUCUAGGAAUGAUUGGUAGCAUCGACUGCAUGCACUGGCAAUGGAAGAAUUGCCCAACUGCCUGGCAAGUAGAUUAUGGAAAUAGGAAAGGGCAAAAAAGUAUCAUCCUUGAAGCCGUUACUGGAUUCGAUACAUGGGUUUGGCAUGCCUUCUUCAGAGUUGCUGGAUCUCAAAACAACUUGAACGUGCUGGGUCAAUCCCCGAUGUGUAACGAUGUUUUGAGAGGUGAAGCCCCUAAUAUCACCUAUGAAAUCAACAAUACCGUCUACCAGAAUGGGUAUUAUCUAGCAGACGACAUCUACCCGAGGUGGACCACAUUUGUGAAAUCUAUCUCGCAUCCCCGAUCCAAGAAGCAAAAAUUAUUUGUUGCCUAUCAAGAAGGUUACAGAAAAGAUGUGGAGAUGUGUUUUGGUAUCUUCCAAGCCCGGUGGCUUAUUAUUAGGGGUGCUGGGUGCAUGUUUGAUGAGGAGGUGCUGAGGAGCAUAAUGAUGACUUGCAUCAUCCUUCAUUACAUGAUUGUGGAGGAUGGGUGUGAUUAUGAUGCUGUAGAGGUGUAUGAAUUGGAUCCCAUGAACACGGCAUUGACAAGAAUUUAUGAAAGGCCCAUGGGGCCAAGUGGAGAACCAUUGGAGCAUGAACCGUUGGUUAGGGAGUGCCGUUUCAUGACUCGUAUGAUUGAUCGAUAUACGGAGAUGCAAUCGUCUUAUAUUCAUGAACGACGUCAAGUUGACUUGAUGAAGCAUUUAUGGGCGGUGAAAGGCAAUGACGAUGAAUGA